CCAAGACCGGGGAGGAGUUACAUCACAUUGACGCAUUGACGUACAGUGCGUAAGGAACGAGGAAAUAAAAGUAAACAACGCACAGGAAGACGAAAAUGUUAUGCAGCGUUAGUCAUCCGUUUUGGUUCCGACUUUGUGUUUUUUCUGGUGCUUUAUUAAUAAUGCAUUAAGGAUUUUCUAUCCCGAUAAGGACAGGGACGCAGUUAGAGACAGGCUGAAAACUGAUUUAGCUAUGUUAGCCAUCAGAUCGUCAGAGGAGGAGUCCACUGAGAUUGAGGAGAUGGACACCUCAGAGCCCAACUGGUGCUGGUUCUACUUGGCUGAGUGUGGAGUGUGGCAUAUGUUUGAGAUCGAUCCCAGCGCAGCCUGCUCUGUGACCAGUGCUCAGAUUGAGCAGUGCUACAACAGAAACCAGCGUGGUGUGAUGGAAUUCUACACAGCCAAGUACACGUACAGACUUGACUUUUCAGUUAUGCGCCAGAUCAAUGUCACAACAGGGAAGCAGCGGCCAAUCAAACGCUCUCUCCACUCUGCGACUGGCUUCAGGUUUAUUUGUGAUAAUCUUGCCUUGCCUGUUCCCUGUCACUGGGAGAGAAUCAAUACAGAUGAACCCUAUCAGCUUAUCCAGCUUGGCAGAGACACAUAUGAGUUUAAAGAAGUAGGCAGACUGUAUGAAAGGACAAUGGACCAUCCAAUCAAAUCCAUCCAGAGGAUUCAGAACCUGGACUUAUGGGAGUUCUUCUGCAGGAAGAAAACACAGUUGCGAAAAGUCAAGCGCACUUUGGAUAUUGAGGAGAGAAUGCUGUUUCAUGGCACAGGACACAGCAACAUACAAGCUAUAUGUACAUUUAACUUUGACUGGCGGCUGACAGGAAGCCAUGGCGAUGUCUAUGGCAAAGGGAGCUACUUUGCCCGAGAUGCUAAAUACUCCAGUAAAUUCUGUCACACCACAGGGAAGCACAACACCACCCUGCAGAGACACGGACUUGCCCCACCAAUAUUUGCUAGCGAGCCGCCCUAUAAGACCAUGUUCCUGGCCAGAGUGCUUGUUGGAGAAUACACAGUUGGUCAUCCUAUGUACUGCAGACCACCCUCCAAGGAUGCCAGCUUCACCAACUUUUACGACAGUUGUGUUGAUGAUAUGGCCAAUCCAAAGAUUUAUGUGAUUUUUGACAGCAAUCAGAUUUACCCUGAGUAUCUCAUUGAAUUUUACUGACAUGAUUCAGUUUUACUUUGCCUAAGAAGGGGGACAUUUGCUUUUUUCUUUGAGUCAGAUCCAGUGCCUAACUGGAGCAUGAGUUAUAUAAAGUGCCUUUAGGAAAAUUGGAAAAUAAAGCAGACAGUAAAGA